CCAAACGAUGCCACGGCUAUAAUAUGUCCGAUGAUGUAUUGCACAUUAAUCAUCGCAUAUGGUCCAUCUGGCUGCCCAACAAGAAGGUGGAUCAAAGUACCAAUGCACGUUCAUGCCGUUGUCGUCUGUCUGAUGUGAACACAAGCACAUGUCUAGCCUGCAUUUUUUUUUUUAUUUUUUUUUAGCCCGGUUGCACGAAAUGACAAUUUGUCGUAGGUGGAGUGGAGUUUGUUGUUUUGUGCACAGAGAUAUCUUUCUUCACCAUCGAUCGCAUGCUGCAAAGGAGAAAAAAAACCCGACAAUAACGACCGCCUUUGUGUCCUGUGUGUCAAUAAAAGGAAGAAGCAAUUGGAGCAAAAGGAGUUGUAUGAAAAAAAAAAAAACGUUGUAGGCAGGACAGGGGAGUUUUUACACUUUAAAACGAAGCCCUCUUUGAGAGAUCUACGCCCGAAUUCUAGGCACUUGUGGAAUCUUGGUUUCGGAUGCGGU